GGUUCUGGGAACUUGGUGGAAUAAGCAGCUAAUGCUGGAAGGUGUUUUUCUGAUUCAGUCGAUUCCUCCACAGUAAGGUUUUUCUUUUCAUCUACACCGUUAUAUAAACUUGUUUGAACUGUUGUGGUGGAAAAAAAUGGCUCAGCCAGGAAAUCAACUCAACAGCACCAGCUUCUCCUGUAUGAUCUGUCAAAGACUGCUCAAGGAUCCAGUGACUAUUACCUGUCGACACAGCUACUGCAUGACGUGUAUCAAAAGCUUCUGGGAUAAAGAAGAGGGAAAAAGCAUCUACAGCUGCCCUCACUGUAGACAUACAUACACAAUCAGACCAGUCUUGGUGAAAAACUCCGUCUUAGCUGAAUUAUCAGAGCAAUUCCAGAAGACUGGACUUCAAGCUGCUCCUGCUGAUUGCAGUAAUACUAGACCUGAAGAUGUGUCCUGUGAUGUCUGCACUGACAGAAAAAUUAGAGCAUUGAAGUCCUGUUUGAUCUGUCUGGCCUCUUACUGUGAGGAACACCUUCAGCCUCACUAUGUGGCAGCUCCGUUCAAGAAACACAAGCUGGUGGAACCCUCCAAGAACCUGCAGGAGAAUAUCUCCUCCACUCAUAAUGAGGGGAUGAAGAUGUUCUAUCACAAUGAUCAGAAUUUUUUUGAUUUUUUUCAUCCUGUGAAUGAACAUACCAUAUAUAAAACAAUCUCAGCCACAACUGAAAGGAAAAAUAGGGAGAGAGAUUUUGAGAAGUUUCAACAACAAAUCCAGCAGAGAAUCCAGGACCGAGAGAAAGAGGUGAAGCUGCUUCAACAGGAGCUGGAGGCCAUCCAUCACUCUGCUGAUCAAACAGUGAAGGACAGUGAGGAGAUCUUCACUCAGAUGAUCCGUCUCAUCCAGAAAAGAAGCUGUGAUGUGAAGCAGCAGAUCAGAUCCCAGCAGCAAACUGAAGUGAGUCGAGUCAAAGAUCUUCAGGAGGAGCUGGAGCAGGACAUCACUGAGCUGAAGAGGAGAGACGCUGAGCUGAAGCAGCUCGCAUUCACGGAGGAUUACAGCAAUUUUCUGCUCAACUACCCGUCACUGCCACCACUCAGUGAGUCCUCACACUCAUCCAGCAUCAAUGUCCGUCCUCUGAGAUACUUUGAGGAUGUGACCGCAGCUGUGUCAGAGCUCAGAGACAAACUGCAGGACAUUCUGAGAGAGGAGUGGACAAACAUCUCACGGACACUCACUCAUGUGGAUGUUUUACUGCCAGAACCAGAACCAAAGAGAAGAGCGGACUUCUUGAAAUAUUCCUGUCAAAUCACUCUGGAUCCAAACACAGCACACACACAUUUGUGUGUAACAGAAGAGAACAGAAUGGUGACGGUGAUGAGUCAGCAACAGUCCUUUUUUAAUAAUCCAGACAGAUUCACUGGGUUGUUGCAGGUUCUCAGCAGAGAGAGUCUGACUGGACGUUGUUACUGGGAGGUGGAGUGGAGAGCAGAGGGAAUCGUUAUGGCAGUCACAUACAGGAACAUCGGCAGAGCCGGGAACGGGGAAGCAUGUCGUUUUGGUUGGAAUGACAAAUCCUGGGCCCUGUACUACCACCAAAACAGUUACAGAUUUUGCCACAACAGUAUGUCAGCCUCCAUCUCAGCUCCUGUUUCCUCCAGAGUAGGAGUGUACCUGGAUCACAGAGCAGGAGUUCUGUCCUUCUACAGCGUCUCUGAAAGCAUGACUCUUCUCCACAGAGUCCAGACCACAUUCACUCAGCCACUCCAUGCUGGACUGUGGUUGUAUAAAACGAGUGACACUGCAAGGCUCUGUAAACUCAAGUAGUUCAAGCAGUGAAAAAACAACAUUUAUGUGUUUCAAAAAACAGAAUCAUAUUGGCAUGAAAAAAGCUAUCUGGUAAAACAAAUUUGAUCUUUUGUCAUUAAAAAAAGAGUAUUAUUUCUUAAAAAUGUUGCUGUUUUAACAGAUGAAUAUUGUUAAAGAUUGGGUGCUUUUACAUUAGGCGUAUGGUAUUUAAUAGGUGUCCUACAACCCCAAUCCUAAUCUCUACCAGGUUACUGGAGAAUGCUCUGUUUUUUUGGUCAAAGUUUAUUACCAGGUUGAAAAAAGUGAGUAAAUAGUAAUAUUUUAUUUGGCUGUAAACAUAUGAUUGAUUUUUAUUUUAGUUCAAUGUUGCAUUUAGCCAGAUGGCAAUCACAACAGCACAAUAAUGAUUUAAAAUGCCCCAAUCACACACUGAAGAGUUUUAAUGACAGUAAAUCUCCCUUUUGUUUGUUGGUGAAUUACCGAUCCAUCAUCAUCACUGUACAACCUUUUUCCAAAUGUCUAUGUCCUCUCAUAAGGAUCAGUUGGAUUAACAAUUUUUUGAUUACCUUAAAAAUCACAUUUUAUAAUGGAAAACUUAUAUGUUUGUCUUGUAAUAGAAAUACAAUGAUGCAUUGUACUUUUUAGAAAUGAUUAAAGUUUCUA